AUGAAUAUUUUAUCGGGUGAUCCAAGGGUUUUAGAGGAGGAGGAAGAGCUGAUAGAUUAUGAGGAGAAAUAUGAAAAAUUUGAGAAAUAUGAAGUAGAAGAAGCAGAAGGAGGGUUUUUAAGUGAAAUUAAGAGUUUUGAAAAAAUGAAUAAAAACUUUGUAUUUGAAGUGGAAAACAUGGAAGAAGAAGAUAGAAUGGAUUUAGAGAGAAUAGAGGAAGAGUUUAGAGAGAAAACAGGGAAAAAAAAGGUUGAUAUUGAUGAAAUUAUCAAGAAACAACCGGUCAAAAAAGAAAUCCAAAAAAAAGAGGAAAAAAAGCCGUUUAAAGGGGAAAAAAAGGAUAAAAUAGAUAGAUUAGAGGAGGUAGAUUAUGUAGGAAGUGUAAUAUCUAAAAAAAAAAGGGAAUUGAGGGAUAAAAAACGAAAAAAAGAAGAUUUUUUUGAAAUGGAUAUGGAAGAGGAGUUAAAUGAAGAGGAAAAAGAGGAAUUUUUUGAUAAAGAUGUUGUAGAUAUAGAGGAGGAAGAUAUGAGAGAGUUUUCGGAGUUCAAUUUGUCAAGACCUAUCUUAAAAGCUCUUGAAAGUAUGGGAUUUAAUAAACCGACGCCAGUACAGUCAAAAACGAUUCCAAUAGCGCUUUUAGGGAAGGAUAUAGUUGGAAGUGCGGUGACAGGAAGUGGGAAAACAGGGGCGUUUCUUAUACCUAUUAUUGAAAGGUUACUUUAUAGGCCUAAAAAAAUAGCUAUAACAAGAGUUUUAAUUCUUUGUCCAACAAGGGAAUUGGCUAUUCAAUGUUAUAAUACAGCGAAAAAAAUGGUAUAUUAUACAGAUAUUAAAAUAUGUAUAUGUACAGGAGGACUUUCUUUAAAAAUACAGGAAGCAGAGUUGAGAAAACGACCAGAUAUUGUUAUUGCGACGCCGGGAAGAUUUAUUGAUCAUGUUAGAAAUUCAUAUGGAUUUUCACCGGAAGGGAUAGAAAUUAUAGUUAUAGAUGAAGCAGAUAGAAUACUUGAGGAAGGUUUUCAAGAAGAAUUGGAUGAAAUAGUAAGAAUAUGUCCAAAAUCUAGGCAGACUAUUUUAUUUUCAGCAACAAUGACAGAUAAAGUUGAUCAAUUGGUUAGACUGUUGCUUAAUAAACCGGUUAGACUGUUUAUUGAUCCAAAAAACUCUACAGCAAAAUCUCUUGUUCAAGAAUUCAUACGUAUUAGACCACAUAAAAACCAUCUUCGUACAGCUAUAUUAGUAUAUCUUUGUAGUAAUAUUUUCAAGACAAAAACAAUAAUUUUCUUUCGUAACAAAUCAUUUACUCAUAGGAUGAGAAUAGUUUUUACUUUGUUACAUUUAAAUGCUCGAGAGCUACAUGGAAAUCUAUCUCAAGAACAGAGAAUUGAAUCAUUGGAAUCAUUUAGACAAGGAAAAAUAGAUUUUUUACUUGCUACAGAUUUAGCAUCUCGUGGCCUUGAUAUAAAAAAAGUAAAUUAUAUAAUUAACUAUGAAACGCCUCAAUCUUUUGAUACAUAUCUUCAUAGAAUUGGUCGUACAGCAAGAGCAGGAUGUAAUGGAAUUGCUAUUACUUUAGUAGGUGAAGAAGAUAGAAAAAUAAUGAAAAUAGCUAUGAAAAUUGGACAGAAAUAUGAAAAUAUAUUACGAAAUAGAGCAAUUCCUUGGGAUUUAAUAGAUACUUAUCAUACUAAGUUACAAAAUUUAGAAAGUACAAUUCAAAAUAUUUUAAUUGAAGAAAAACAAGAAAAACAAUUACUUCAAGCAGAAAUGGAAUUAAAAAAGAGCCAAAAUCUUAUAAAAUUUAAUGAGGAAAUAAAAUCAAGAUUACCAAGAACAUGGUUUCUAACAAAAAAUAAAAAAGAAAAUACCAAAAGUUAG